AUGGCCGCGACAAGAACCCCCGCCAGCUUUACGGUGGGCUGGGUCUGUGCGUUGCCCGUCGAGCUGGCAGCCGCUGGGGCGAUGAUGGAUGAGGAAUACGAAGACCUGCCCCAACCACCGGCCGAUACGAACAUCUACAGCUACGGGCGCGUCGGCGUCCACAAUGUCGUCGCGGCAUGCCUGCCGGCCGGCCGGAUGGGCAACAACCCGGCUGCCGUCGUCGCCAGCCAGAUGCGAAGCAGCUUCCCGUCGCUGCGCUUUGGAGUGCUCGUCGGCAUCGGCCGUGGGGUCCCGAGCGACGAGCAUGACAUCCGCCUAGGCGACGUGGUGAUCAGCCAGCCUACAGGCCUGCACGGCGGCGUGGUGCAGUUUGAUUUUGGCAAGACCGGGUUAGACGGACGAAUCACGCGCACUGGUAGUCUUAAUGCCCCCCCGACGAUCCUACUCAACGCCCUCGCCAAGCUACGUGCAAAUGAUCUCCGAGGCAAGACGCACGUCGGCAACCACCUGUCUGCCUUUUCGACCUUACAAGAGUUCGCCUGCCCAGGAUGGGAGCAAGACACACUCUACGCUGCAUCGUCGCAGCAUGUUUUAGGUCCUACGUGUGCCCAGUGCAGCCAGGAUGACAUUGUGCCUAGACACGCCCGUGCCACACCCGAUCCGGUUCUCUUCUUUGGGACCAUCGCCUCUGGAAACCAGGUCAUGAAGGAUGCGCCGACACGCGAUCGCAUUAGCCAAGACCUGGGUGGCAUCUUGUGUUUUGAGAUGGAGGCGGCUGGUCUGAUGAACAACUUCCCGUGUCUAGUCGUCCGAGGGAUAUGCAAUUAUGCCGACGCGCACAAGAACAAGCAGUGGCAGCCGUAUGCAGCAGCGACGGCGGCAGCAUGUACAAAGGAGUUAUUACGCAUUAUUCCUCAGGUCGUCUCGACUGGAGACAACCAAAAAGAGGAUCUCGCUCCUGAAAUCCAUUUCAUGGUGCCGUUUGGAAGAAAUAGUAAUUUUGUGGGGCGCGAGACUGUCCUUGAGAGAAUCGCCCUCGAGGCUGCCUACCGCAUAAACGAGAAGCACCCAGAAUGUUCUGUCUUCUGGGUGCCGGCGGUAGAUAGGAACAUAUUUGAGAAUGCGUAUAGAGAUUUCGGCCUGGCACUUAGACUUCCCGGGAUUGACGACGAUAAGGCCGAUGUGAAGAACUUAGCCAAGACAGCUUUAAGCAAGGGUGCUAUUAACACGAAGUGGCUCCUUAUUAUCGAUAAUGCACACGAAACGGAUCUGUUCCUCGGAGUACCUGACGCUCCAGGUCUGUGCGACUACCUACCUUUUCAUCGGAACGGUUCCGUUCUGUUUAUAACACGGAACCACGAGGUCGUUAUCAAGCUCGAUGUCUUAGUCUAUCAAAUCCCCCGGGUCACGGAGAUGUCAGAGACGGAGGCAGGCUUGAUGCUACAAAAGACGCUCUGGGUCGAUCAACAGGAAGACAAGCAGAGGACGAAGGAGCUGCUUAAGCACUUAGCAUGCUUACCGCUAGCUAUCAAGCAAGCAUCGGCCUUUAUGGCAGAAAGAGGCACGUCGACGACCAAGUAUUUAGAGCUCUGCCACGAGUCCGAUGAAAGCCAGGUCGAGCUUUUAAGCAUAAACUUCGAGGAUCGAGGGCGGUAUCCCGAAAUUGCUAAUCCAAUAGCUACGACCUGGCUUAUCACUUUUCACCACAUCGCACGUAGAUACCCUCUAGCUGUAUACUACCUCAAGUUCGUGUAUUUUAUGGCCCAAAAGGAUAUUCCUAAAUCGCUGUUUCCACACGGUCGGAGCAAGAUAGAAGAGAAGCGGGCGUUCGGUGUUUUACAUGGAUAUGCAUUUGUUUCUUUGCGUGACGAUGCCGAGUCGUUUGACGUUCACCGACUCGUGCGACUAGCAACUAUGAACUGGUUUAAAGAAGAGCGCACGUAUAUUAUCACGGGCGUUGUCCGGCAUCUCGCCGUUGUUUAUCUUUCCCGUCGACAUGAAAACUGA